GGACUUCCUGUCCCACCCACAUUCUCAUGUCGCUUCCGGGUGGCCACACAAGACUCAUCCAGCAAGGCGUCGUUAUCUUAACGUUGUAAACAAAAGUUACUAAACGGUUUACCUUCCGCGACACAUUGAACUAAAAGACAUGCAUAUCAAAACAGGUACAUGGGAAGCAAGCAACACCGUGUGUGAGUCCGAUUCUCUGUGUGACCCAGCAGUCCUCGUUUCUGCCACCAACUCUGAACCACAUAUUCGCAAUCGACGCCUGUCUCCUGGUUCCGGAAACUGUGGAGGUGGUGGGGGUGGAGGUUGUAUUUCCGGAGGUGACCAACAGCCCAGACAACUCUCACCUGAAGGCGACCUGAUCGGGCCCGGCCACGCACACACCUUCAGCUUCCGCAGGGAAAAAGAACGCAAGGGCCAACAGCAGAAAGGCCGCAGCCUCCGCAGAGAUAGUCAGAAGGGGGUCAGCAAAGUAAGCGAGCGGCCUCAAAAGGUUAACCAAAAGGAGAGGUGGGUGGAGGACAGUCUGUCACUCCUCAAGCCUCCACCUGCCUUCCCUGUGCAGGACAGCCCUGCCAAACUGCAGCCCGCCGUCAGCUACGCCUCCAAGGUGAAGGCGGGAGCCACAAGUGGAGCGCUGGAGGAGGACCGCCCAGCCAUCGGCGUGCUGCUACAGAACCAGUGGGGUCUCAGUUUCAUCAGCGAGGCGAGGCCGGGCUCAGAGGGCUCCAGCGCUCGUCCCGCUGCCCUCCCCAACCAGCCCACAGAUGCCGAACAGUUAGCAGACCCUCUGCUUGAGACGGUUCUCACAGUGCAGCCCCACGAAGAAACACCCAUUCCAGCUGCUACCUCCGUCACCACUACCACACGCCCCGAUGCAGAUGAGAGCAAUGGGAAGCUGCUGCUUAGCUGUCGCCAUCUAAUGGAGGCUUUGAACUAUCACAGUAGAGAAUGGAAUGCUAUCUGCAACAAACAGAAAAAAGUUCCAAAAAAGGUUGUCUGGUACAAGGACACCCAAGAGCACCCAGCCUAGCAGUGUGAGAAACCCAAAGCAUAUAUAUAUAUAUAAAUAUAAACGCAUACAGAACACACACCUACAUGCACAUUGAAACACGUAAAGAUGGACACAUUUUUGAGUCCCGUUCACACACACUGCACUCAGGAUGAUGUCUUCACGCAAAGCCACACUGAGACACUUUGGACUAACUCCUUUGAGAUAUUACAGCAAUGGACUUUUUUAACGCCUUACAGGAAGCCUGCCUUAAUUAAUCAGAUGUUUUCGUCGCCUCUCAUUUCCAUUUUUAGCUUGUAUGUGUAGAGCUGGCCUUUUUUUUUUUUUUUUUUAACAAUCUCGGAGGAGCUGUAAUUUAACCCCCCCCCCCUCUUUUUUUUUUUUGAAAGCUGCAGUUUUAUUGAACCUUAUUUGUGUCCUCUGUAAAGCGAGUGGUCAAUCAAGCACUUUGUUAAGAAGAAAAAUCAGUUGUGACCAAUCCCUUUGUGCGAGAAACCCUCACCAGAGUGAUUUAUUUCCCCCUUCAUUACAAACGGAAGAAUGUCUGUCCUGUACCUGCUUGAGUUUUAUGGUUAUAAUGUAUGCAGAGGACUUGUCUAUCUGUGUCUUCAGUUUACAGAGGGGUGUAGUCAAAGGCGCAGUGAAGUUCAAACCUUCACACCCCCCCCCCACCCCAAUCUCCCUCCCCUGUCACAUCUUAAUGCUGUGUUACUUUGUUUUUAUUUGGUUCCCUGAUUGAGUGAAUGUUACUCAUUAGUCCAUGAGUAAGGGAUCUCACCACGUUUGGUAUGUUGAAUUUUGAAAAGAAUUUAUUGAAUAAAAAAAAAAAUUUACACUGGAGAAAGGAGGAAUGUAAGAACAGUAUUGCUUAAUAAAAAUGAAUAAAACUUGAAA